UCUUGAAGUAGUAUAAAUGAAUGGUAAAUCAGACUAUCAUUUAUCUCAUCGACUUGCUUCUAUUUGUAUCUAAAUAUCGGAGCUGUGUCCACAUGCGAACAAAAUUUAAGUAAUUUAAGUUGAUUUGUGAUUAAACAACGCAAAUUAUAUAAACAUGUCAAACUAUGCAAAGUUAUGCUCACCACUUCCUGAUUGCUUGACUAAUCGUAUUGAAAUUUGUGAGAACAAGGAACAAUACGUUGCAGACUUUUUGCAAAAUGUUUUACCACCGUCUGAUCGUAAAUUUAUUUCGGACGAAAUGCGAAAGACUUAUACACUUAACAAAUUUAAAGUGAAACAUAAACUAAGAUUAAACUCCAGAGGAAAAUUCUUAACUACCAGAAGGAAGUUGCGCCUUGGUUUGGGUAAAAUUGGAAAUAAUAUUAAAUACUCUGAUGUUUUGCCUUUAAAUCAAUUAUGGUUAAAGUACAUGAGAGAAAUGCUUGGUAACAAAUCAUUUACUAGUAUACCAGAUAAUCCCACAAAUCCAAAUUGGGAGAAUAUUAGUCAACAAUUAAUAAAGGCUGAUUUUCAUGGUGCUAAGAUAUUAAUAAGUAGAUCAAAAUGUCCCACUUUAGCAGGACUUACAGGAAUUGUUAUACAGGAUACCAAAAACAGUUUCAAGAUCUGUGGGACAGAUAAUGUUAUACGAACAAUACCAAAAGAUGUGGUUACAAUUCAUAUUUAUUUAGACGACGGUGUAAUAUUGAAAUCACUUGGUAGACAACUCUCUGUAAGACCUGUGGAGCGAACAGUUAAAAAGUUCAAAAACACACGGAUGGUCCAGUUAUAAUAUUAUAAAAAUGUGUGAUACAGUACAUUGAUAAUUUUAAUAUUGGAUUUUAAUAUAAAUCUCAGGAAGUAAUUUAAAGAAUAUGAUGGUAUAAAGUAUAUGUAUAAUCACAAACUUGUGUAAUAUA